AUGCAGGUAGACCAAGUUGAACGACCAUCAGUACCUGUACAUUUAACUCAAGAGGAUUCUCAAACAUCACAAAUAAGUGAUGCAGAGGAGCAUAUGCAAUUCUAUGAAACACGUAUGCAAAAACGUGUGAAAGAAUUUGUCAACUAUUGUAAUCGAACUUCUAUCGAAGCACUAAUUGCACAGUAUGAAAAAAUUCAGUCAAUAAAACCGUCUAAAGCAAAAGCUUUUAUUGGAAUGCUUCCUGUUAAUUAUCAUAAAAAUCGCUAUAAUGAUGUAUAUUGUUUGGAUAGUUCAAGAGUUAUUUUACAUCACCGAGUUGCAGAUUAUAUACAUGCUAAUUAUGUUCGCCAUAAAGUUCUUCAAAAUGAUUUCAUUCUUACACAAGCUCCGUUACCGAAUACAGUAAAUGAUUUUUGGGAAAUGAUUUGGCAAGAACGAUCGGGACUAAUAUUCAUGCUUUGUAAAUAUGUUGAAGAGCAAAAAGUAAAAUGUGCUGAAUAUUUACCAACACUUCAAACUCGCGCAAUUAUACAUGCUGGAAUACGAAUUGAAUUACGAGAACGUAAUAAGUCAAAAAAUGGUGACAUUAUCAUAACGCAAUUAUUGCUUAGUCGGGGAAAUGUAAAUCUCACCGUAAUGCAUUAUCAAUGGAUAUCAUGGGUUGAUAAACAGGUACCAAUAAAUGAUUACAAGACACCGUUUUAUUUGCUGAAAAAAUCACGCAUUUCACCAACAUGUACCGUGGUACAUUGUAGUGCUGGCAUAGGUCGUAGUGGUACUUUGGUUGCAAUUGAACUUUGCCUGAUGCAACUAGUAGCUGGCAAUGAAUUAGUGGUAUCAGACAUGGUUGCUUAUAUGCGUCAAAAACGAGCUCAAUCGGUACAAACUAAGGAACAGUAUUUGUAUAUUUUCAGGGCAUUACUCGAUUUUGCUGUCAGCAAUCAUAUUAUUUGUGCACGAAAAAUAAAUCCAUUUGUUGAAAGAUACCAACAAAUAUGCCAUUUCGAUGAAACAUGA